GUUCAUUUCUCGUGAAUUUCAGUCCACAUUCCAUUUAUGCAUUUCUUAUCUAUUUGGUCUCGAAGAUUCAAUUUAAUCAUCAACGUUGAUAUCGAAUUUCGUAUCAUCUAUUUUGUCCUCUCCUGACUUUUCGAGCUGAAGGCUUCAUUACGACCUUAAUAUGGAGGGUAGACAGGGUAGCAUUUCCAAUCCGGAUGCAUGGAUACAUCCCAAACCAAAGUUGACACGGUCCAGGACCGAUGGCAGUGCGGAAUUUCCAGUUCCUGAUGAGACAACCAGACUACUCCCAAGUCAAAUCCAUGAAGACGAUGGUUAUAGGGAAGCAGAUGAUCUGAGCAAAACAGAGUGGCAACGUAUUUUGCAUGAAUUUUGGGUCUUGCUCCGUGGUUCAAUACCAGUCAUUCUCGCCUAUGCGUUGCAAAACUCUCUUCAAACUUUAAGUGUUCUGAUCGUAGGACGACUAUCGCCCGAAGCUUUAGCGACGGCAGCAUUCUCUUACAUGUUCGCAAUGGCUACUGGUUGGUUGAUUGCACUUGGGGGAACUACUGCCAUUGACACAUUGGCAUCUGCAACAUUUACUGGGAGCAAAAAUCCACACGAUCUGGGGAUUAUCCUUCAGCGAGCAUUCGUGGUGCUCUUCAUCUUCUACAUUCCCAUCGUUAUCCUCUGGGGAUGUGCGGAGCCAAUUUUCAUGGCCUUGGGUCAAGAAGCGUAUCUUGCCCGGGAUGCCUCCCGCUUUCUUGCAAUUUUGGCUCCUGGAGGUCUGGGAUAUAUUUACUUUGAAGCAUUAAAAAAAUUUCUUCAGGCACAAGAGAUCAUGAGGCCUGGGACCUAUGUUUUGUUGAUUACAUCCCCUCUCAAUGCUGGAUUGAAUUAUCUCUUCGUUUAUACGUUCAAAAUCGGGCUAUACGGGGCACCAAUCGCAACAGGCAUCAGCUAUUGGCUCAGCUUUUUACUUCUGCUUUCGUAUGCUCGAUUUGUAGAUGGAUGGCAGUGCUGGGGAGGCUGGGAUUGGAAGUGUCUCAAAAACAUGGGAACAUUCGCAAGGCUCGCUUUCCUUGGAGUUGUUCAUGUGGGCACGGAAUGGUGGGCAUUCGAGAUUGUUGCUAUCGUCGCAGGUCAGCUCGGGACUAUCGACCUUGCAGCACAAUCUGUGAUUAUGACCACAGAUCAGGUUAUGAACACAAUUCCUUUUGGCGUUGGUGUUGCAACCAGUGCUCGAGUGGGCAAUCUUCUCGGGGCUCGGAAUGCGAAAGGGGCAGCAAGAUCUGCGAAUACUGCUGCUUUUCUUAGCAUGGUUCUUGGGGCUAUUGUCCUUGCCGUGCUUAUGGGCGUCAAAGAUUUUUAUGCGAAAAUCUUCAACGACGACAUACGAGUAAUCAAGCUCACUGCCGAAGUGAUGCCAUAUGUUGCACUUUUUCAAAUUGCUGAUGGGUUGAACGGUUCAUGUGGUGGAGCGCUUCGCGGCAUGGGAAGACAACACGUUGGGGCUCUUGUCAACAUUCUAUCAUACUACGCAGGCGCUUUACCACUUGGUAUUCAUCUCGCCUUCCACGGAUGGGGCCUAGCAGGUCUCUGGGUCGGCCAAUGUAUUGCACUAUAUCUUGUCGGCAUUUUAGAGUGGGCUAUUGUUGCCUUCUCGGAUUGGAAUCAUCAGGUGGACAUGGCGUUUAAGAGGAUGGAUCAUGACCAACAAAAUUCAGAAACCGCAGGUGUUGUUUAGAUUGCAUGUGACAUAUCUGACCGUUGCAUGGUAGUUUGAAGUAAAUUAGAAAAAAAGCGAGUUGCACGUGAUUUCACAGCAAUCAUAAC